UUCCUUUCGGCCUGAGCCGCCAUUUUGUAGCCAUUUGCCAAAAUGACAAACACAAAGGGGAAAAGGAGAGGGACACGUUAUAUGUUCUCGAGGCCAUUUCGCAAACAUGGAGUUGUCCCUCUGGCCACCUAUAUGCGAAUCUACAAGAAGGGUGAUAUUGUGGACAUCAAGGGCAUGGGUACUGUUCAACAAGGUAUGCCCCACAAGUGUUACCAUGGCAAGACUGGAAGGGUAUUUAACAUUACUCAGCAUGCUGUUGGCAUUAUCGUAAACAAACAGGUUAAGGGCAAGAUUCUCGCCAAGAGAAUUAAUGUGCGUAUUGAGCAUAUUAAGCAUUCUAAGAGCAGAGACAGCUUCCUGCAGCGUGUGACAGAAAAUGAAAAGAAGAAAAAGGAAGCAAAGGAAAAAGGCACUUGGUUUGAACUGAAACGCCAGCCUGCUCCACCCAGAGAAGCACACUUUGUGAGAACCAAUGGCAAAGAGCCAGAGUUGCUGGAGCCAAUCCCCUAUGAAUUCAUGGCAUAGUGUAACUUAAAAAAAAUAAAGGAGUCUCUUUAGGACAAAAUGCAAGUGAUGGUUGAUUGCUUUCAAGGCUGCUUUCUGAACAUAUGCUUUAGAAAAUUAAUCUUCUAUAAUCCAAAGUGUAAUUUAAUGAUCAGUUUUGGGUAACAAAGGAAACACAUUCUGUACAUCACAUGUACUAUUAAACACUUGUACCUUAACCACUA